CCGUACGGAAGCCCGGAAGGAGGGGCGGGGAGCGGUGGUUCAGGUUUCUUGGGGCGGCGGCGGCGGCAGCAGCGGUGGCAGCAACAGCAGCAGCGGCAGCGGCGGCUUCGGCGGCAGCGGCAGCAGUAGCGGGAGCAGCAGUGGGGACGCGGCUGGCACUGGCGCCAUGAACCCGCUGUAAGGCGCAAGCUGUGCAGCACGGGUUGCGGGGGUGGAGGACGCCGCGGUGAAGUUCUCCGCCAUGAACCUGAGGGGCCUCUUCCAGGACUUCAACCCGAGUAAAUUCCUCAUCUAUGCCUGUCUGCUGCUGUUCUCUGUGCUGCUGGCCCUUCGUUUGGAUGGCAUCAUACAGUGGAGUUACUGGGCUGUCUUUGCUCCAAUAUGGCUGUGGAAGUUAAUGGUCAUUGUUGGAGCCUCAGUUGGAACUGGAGUCUGGGCACGAAAUCCUCAAUAUCGAGCAGAAGGAGAAACGUGUGUGGAGUUUAAAGCCAUGUUGAUUGCAGUGGGCAUCCACUUGCUCUUGUUGAUGUUUGAAGUUCUGGUCUGUGACAGAAUCGAGAGGGGAAGCCAUUUCUGGCUCCUGGUCUUCAUGCCACUGUUCUUCGUUUCCCCAGUGUCUGUUGCAGCUUGCGUUUGGGGCUUUCGACAUGACAGGUCACUAGAGUUAGAAAUCCUGUGUUCUGUCAACAUUCUCCAGUUUAUAUUCAUUGCCUUAAGACUGGACAAGAUCAUCCACUGGCCCUGGCUUGUUGUGUGGGUCCCGCUGUGGAUUCUCAUGUCCUUUCUGUGCCUGGUGGUCCUCUACUACAUCGUGUGGUCCGUCUUGUUCUUGCGCUCUAUGGAUGUGAUUGCCGAGGCAGCGCAGACACACAUAACCAUGGCCCUGAGCUGGAUGACCAUCGUGGUGCCUCUUCUUACGUUUGAGAUUCUGCUGGUUCACAAACUGGGCCACAACGCCUUCUCCUGCAUCCCGAUUUAUCCCCUUUGGCUCUCGUUGAUCACGCUGAUGGCAACCACAUUUGGACAGAAAGGAGGAAACCACUGGUGGUUUGGUAUUCGCAAAGAUUUCUGUCAGUUUCUGCUUGAAAUCUUCCCAUUUCUACGAGAAUACGGAAACAUUUCGUACGAUCUCCACCAUGAAGAUAGUGAAGAAACCGAAGAGACCCCAGUUCCGGAGCCUCCUAAAAUCGCUCCCAUGUUUCGAAAGAAGGCCAGGGUGGUCAUUACCCAGAGCCCUGGGAAGUACGUGUCCCCACCUCCCAAAUUAAAUAUCGAAAUGCCGGAUUAGAUGCCACUUCCGGGG